AUGAAAGUUUUUCACGUGAUCAAUCCGUUUCCUGGUUAUAGCUCUGCUCUUUCUCAUUGUUAUGAAGACGAUCCAGAAAAAGUUCAACCCGAGAUGGAUCCGAAGCCUGAUUCUGGAUCGAUAAAAACAGUCUCUCUGGGAUCAGAAUCACCAAACUCUAUCCGAGACUACCAUCGCGGAAGUGGGAAUUUGACAGGAGGAGGGGUUCAAAGUGUCUAUACACGAAACUCACCUAGCAUUAAGAAGUACAAGUCGAAGCUUGAUGCCCGUUUAGGUCUGUGCAUUUUUGUAUGUCUCUUCAUAAUUGGUUCUAUUCUGAGUAUUUAUGGUGUUAUACAUAAAGGAGUUCAUUCACAUUUAACGUCUUACGUGAAUAGAACGCAUCAGAUAGCAAAAGAACUAAAGAACGCUAUGGACGAAAAUUAUGCUAAAGAAAACUUAACUGGUAUGGAUUCUAACGGGCGAAAAUGGAUGACCGUGGAUGAGCUAGAAAAUGAUGCCUACCUUUUACAGAGAACUAAUGACACUAUUUGGACUCUGUUCAUGUGGAAUAUCAUAAUGUGUUUGAUUCUCAGUCCGAUCUUGGUGAUUGUACAUUGUAAUUGGGCCGAGGGAAAUCUGGUCAAGCUCAUUUACCGAGUUGUAUGUUUGGUUUGUCUUAUUUUUUGUAUUGCUCAAUUUCUUUAUCUCAUCCAUCCAUUACUUUGGGGAGCUGUUGCAUUUCCACAGAUGGUUGAUCGCUUGUUCCUAGAAGCUUAUCCUAGAGAUGAAUAUCAGAUAAAUGACAUUCAAGAUACUUUUGCAUGUGAAUUUCAUCCUCACGAGACCCUACUGCAGUUCGAUUUGCAGCAAGCAUGCAUUCCAAAACUCAAGAAUUCACUUUUCCCAUCUUAUACAGUCGUCUUACUUCUCUUCCUUGAUGUAUUCCCGUUUGUAUUUGCUGUUUUAACUUAUGCCUGGUCGGCUUGCAUAAAAGACAGUAAACUAAUGCGCACAGCUAGACAACGUGUUGAGCUCAACAAUUCCAGAAGAGUUCCUUUUCCCAAAUCGAAUAUAUACGUCUCACCGUCGGAGAAAAGCACAAAACCGACGACGACAGUCGAACAGCUACCUGGUAAUCUCGUCUAG